AUGGUUGCCGACUUACUCUCUCUGCUGACCGAUUCGAGGCAGCAAGCGCGGCCGUUUUUCUUAUUGCGCUCAUCCACUGCGCAGACAUGUAUACCGGUCCUCAGACAUUGCCUCGGUUCAGCGUCGAAAUCGUCAACAAUAUUGCUCUUCUGCCUGAGCUACGCUCCAUCUACGCUCGUCGAUCCGCAACGCUCGGUGGCAAAAGUCUUUGAUUGGACCGACAACGUACCGGGUUACUCGGAUACGUACUUCGAUCCUUGCCAGGCCAUCAUCGAUGCAGUAAAUGCCGAAGCUCCAUCGGAACGACUUUCGGUCGUGAUCGACAGCAUAGACACGCUCGUAGCCGACGUUGAGUCCGAUGCCGCGGUAUACCGCUUCGUGUCGUCUUUGUUCGCGUUGGUCCGCUCACCACCGUCGUCCCGUCUGAUCAUCCAUUCAACCGGUGCAUCCAACCUGCCCGCACUAUUGAGCACGACGAGAUUUUCUGCGAGUCUCACAUCGAUCACGGCGUACCCUACUGCGGUCCUCGACCAUCUCGCGUCUUCGUACUUGACCCCGCCGCCGCCUCUCUCGCCGCCAGCGAAGUUCUGGCGCGUCUUCUUACCCCUUGCGGAAAGGCAGCACGAUGUAAAUCGUUUGGUUUUCGAUCGCGACGGUGAAGGUUCGAGCACGAUUCGUGAAUUCGUGAUCGAAGUUCUCGUCAGGGGUGGCGACCCGUCUGGUCGGAAAUCUGGCGGCCAUCAUGGCGUACAACGGGAGCUGCAAGGAUGGAGCGUCAAUGGCCCAUGCGAAUUGAAGGCACUCAAAGCCUUACAACACCUGUUCGCAAAGACACCAGCCAAGGAGGAGGUGGUACACGAUCCGACGGCGAAUGUGUCGUUCAACCUCAACCUGACGCCUUCACAACAAAAAUCCAGGGCCCAGGUCCCACUUCCAUACGCACACGAAGGUAAACCAGUUGUGUCGCAAGUCCCAGCAGCCAUAUAUUAUGACCCAGACUCGGCGGACGACAUCGACGACGACGAUCCCGACGAGGACCUGGACAUCUAA